AUGGCAAAAGAAAGAAUUUCAUGCUUCGCCCGUAUAACCAGAAAAAUACAACGGGCAGUACAAUCACCAAAUUCUGGAAAUGAAUCUAAUGAUAACGAAAAGACAACACAGGAUAUAAAUCAAUCACUUGAUCCAGUAGUAUUGCAUAGCUCAAUAUUAAGGGAGUUUGUAGCUCCACCAUGGUAUCUAAUCAAAACAUAUCAGGGACCAAUCAAUACAACAAUCUGGGAAGAUACGAAAGGAAAACCAGAACUCACACAUAAACAAAAGAAAAGGUUAGGAGGAUGGAUAAGGUUAUUUAAAGAAGGACAAAAUAUCAAAUUCUUUAAUGGUAAACCUAACAGUAAUAAAAUUAAACAAGGAUUUGUUGCAGAUUGCUCAUUCCUAGCGGCUCUAGCAGCAAUCGCUGAUUAUGAAUGGAAACAUUCGACACCGAUGUUAACCAAUAUUAUCAAAUGGGUGAAAAGAGGGGAUGCAGGAUACUCAAAAUUCGGAUUAACACUACCGUUCGGAGAACUGGCAUCAGAGACGGAAAAUCCACAAAUAGCUAUUGCCGUAAAAUUGAACUUCAAUGGAGCACCGAGAUGUGUACUAGUAGAUGAUUGGGUACCCGUAAGAAGUGAUGGAAGACUAUUAUGCGCACACUCAACAGAUAAAGAUGAAUGCUGGGUGACAAUACUAGAAAAGGCGUUUGUCAAAUUAAAUGGAGGAAGGUAUAAUGUAAGAGGAACAAAUCCAGGAAUCGACACUUACCACCUAACUGGAUGGAUACCGGAUAUCAUUUCACUGCCACAGACUGCUUGCAAAAAUGUUAAUAACUAUGAACACGAAGUCUUACCAGAAAAAUGGAAUGACAUGUGGGAUGUAUUAUAUGCAGGAUUCUGUGCAGGAUCCUGCGUUGUAGCUCUAGGAACAAGCGAUAUUGAAGAUGCAGGAAUAUCAGAUAAAGAUAGUAUAGAAGGCAUAUCGGCAUCGUCAGGAAUUGUAAGUAACCACGCUUACAGUGUACUGGAUAUCAAAGAUGUGCUAAUAGCUAAUAAACCAAGAGCAAGGAUGAUGUAUCUCAAAAAUCCAUGGGGAACGGUAUCAUGGACAAAAAAAUUCUCACCAAGAGAUCAAGAUUCAUGGACAAAAGAAAUGAAACAAAUAUUACAUUAUAACCCAAAUCCAACACAGGAUAAUGGAUUGUUCUGGAUAGAAUGGAAUGAUGUACUCAGCUGGUUCUCACAUUUAUAUAUAUCGUGGAAACCAAAUAUAUUCAAAAAUAAAAUCACAAUGCAUCAAAUAUGGAAACCAGAUUAUAGGUUUAUCAAAUCAAUGGUACAAGAUGAUAUGCACCUGUCACUAUUCAAUCCACAAUUCAAUCUAUCCGUAUCCUUCCAAAAUCAUAACUCAGCCACUGUAUGGCUACUACUGAUUCAACAUAGACAACAUUCUGAUGAUCCACAUAAAUACCUCGCCAUGCAUGUCUUCUCAAGAAAAGAUGUUGUUGUAUGCCCUACGCUACCGGAUGUACAAGGCAUAUACAGUAAUGGAGAAUGCAUAUUGGUUAAACUACUAUUGAAAAGAACAUCGGCAUCACAAACAACAACAAAACACAAGCUCAACGGUAAACCUAUACAAACUUACGUAUCAGGAGAUGACACAGGGGUACUAGUGCUAGUAUCAAGCUACGCAAAAAAAUUAACAGAAGAUGCACCAUUAACUAUACGUGCAAUGAGCUCAAGACCGGUACAACUCACUUCUAUGCCCUGUCUUGUUAAACCUCACUGGCAUAGCACUAUUAUACACGGAAAAUGGACGGAUGCUAAUGCCGGAGGAAGCCCAAACAAUAUAUGGAACUAUUUCAUCAAUCCACACUAUAGACUUCUAUUCGAGGACCUGGGAGAAGCGGUUAUACUGCUAGAAACGUCAGGAAAUGUAUCUGUCAAUCUCAGAAUAUUCUCAGGAAGAAUAGCAACCAUAAGGACGCUCAAAAGUGAUCAAGUUAUCAGCUCCAAUGAUUAUAAACUACAAUGCUGUUCUAUACAUAGGAUGUUUAAAGGAGGACAAUAUGUGCUCAUACCAUCGACGUUCAGACCCUCAGAUCGCGCACAUUUCAGAAUAGUAGUAUACUCAGCAAAAAAAUGCAUCGUGCAACCAAUGCCAUAUCCACAAUAUGGCUCUCAAGAUAACAAAGAAAUGUACACGCAGCGGGUAGAUAUGCAUGAACCAAUACAUAUUCAGGUGAAAAUACCAACACUGCUCGCUAUAAGGAUAGAAAUACCACCUAUCAUUUUCAGCGACUUCUUCGUACUGCUAGCGUCGGCACACGCCGCAACGUACCCUUCGCAAAAAAAUAUCGAAUGUAACUUCAACUACAACGACAAUACGUACUGCCUCAGCACAUCAUGCACUCACUGCGGCGGUCCAAGCUCGAGGUUUAGGAGAGUUAACGAUAAUGAUAAAUCAGCAGAACAAACUGGAAACUAUGACCUUGUGUUGUACAGUGAUCUAAACGGAGGUCUAUCUAAAAAUGGGAGAACACCGUCAGCAUCGGCACGAUACCUAUUCGAAACACAACGUGUCAUCAACUUCACACUGGUAGAAUUAUUACCAUCCGAGGUGCCGUAUAGACUCACUGCUCUCAGGUGUCCUACAAGGGGCAAUGUCACAUUCACAUCAAAUCAACCAAUAGUAAUAAGCUAA